AGGAUGACGACGACGACAAGGAUGGUGAUUACGCGCCUGCUUUGGACGGUGAUGGUGGCGAUGAUGAUGAUCUCAGCGUCGACGAUGAGGAGGGUAAUCGGGAUUUUGAAGUAUCUGGGUCUGGUAAAAGAAAGGGAAAGAGAAAAGUGUCCAAACCGAAGAAGAAACCUCAGACCAAAAAGUCACCAAAUAAGUUGGAUUAUGUUGAUGAUGAUGCUGAAUUGGCGAAGGCCAUUGUGCUGUCUCUGCAUGAUUCUGCCGAGUUUCAGGAACAGUGAGUUCGGGGCCUUCCCAAAAUGAGGCUGGUGUAAAUCUUAAAGGCAGAGUAGAAAAGACUCAGGAAAAUCCUAGAAUGCUGAAGAGGAGAAAAACGUUUACCAGCCGGGUGAAGAUGACUGAGGACGAGCUGAUUAUGCAUUUCUUUCAGUUUGAUGAAGCGGGGAAGGGUGGCAUCACUGUGCAUGAUUUAGCCAAAGUUGCUGAUGCUCAUGAUUUUACAUGGACAGAUGAGGAGCUAGCCAACAUGAUUCACUGCUUUGAUAGCGAUGGAGAUGGAAAGGUCCAGCCUACUACUAUUUUUGUUUCAUCUCUAGUCCUGCACGCUAAUCCUUUUGUCAACUGCAUUGCUGUGGACUGAACUAUUAUGAAAUUUUGAAAAAAGGUCUCAGCAUCAUUAAUUUAA